GACAACUGCAAACUUCCAUAUUCAGUGCCAAUGGAUCCCAAAGCCAAAACUUCAACAAUCGCUGAUAUUCCAAAAUUGCUUUUUGCUAGUCAGAAUGGUAUUUGUACGGUAGAAAGCAGAAGAAUUUUAAAUUUCAACAAAAAACUCAUUACAAAAGGAUUGCCUGAUGAUUGUUUCAUAAAUGUACUGGGUGAUUGUACUUGUCACAAGAAGCUGAUUGUACUGAUGAAAUACGAAACAGCACACAAUAAUAGUCUUCUAGUUGAAAUCCAUACACAGGACAUUAUAUGUACCAUGAAGCAGCGCGAUGGUGAGCUCAUUCUAGAAGUAAAUGGCACUAGGUUACAGGAUGGAGUUAUCCCUCGUUCACUGAAACAUGUGCCUCUUCAAUUCAAGGAAACAAAAAGUGAACUGGACUUUAGAAUGCCCUUAGUUGGAUUAGAAAAUGUGCUAUACACAGGAUAUAAUGUCAAGUUUGAAGUUAAUCCCUCGAUAGAAAAUUCAUGUGGUAUCUGUGGAUGGUAUGGCUCAGAAGCAAAAGCGUUACGGAGACCAAGUGGCCACAUAGCUAGAGAUGAAGUGAGCUUUGUGCAGUCCUGGGUGGUCCCUGAUAAAUGUGGUGGAGACUGUAAACUGCGACACACAACAGUGAGACAUGAGAAUCCAAUCCUAAUGGAACAGUGUGCUACCAAUCUUCCUGUCGCACGCUGUGCUGAAGGCUGCUCAGCCACCAGUACUACCCAAACCUUAGCUAGCUUCCAUUGUGUGCCAACUGGAUCAACCUUGCCUUCUGACCUGACCGUGCUGGCUGAAAAGUCUGACGAUAUGAUAGACCUAGUUGAAUCUCACACAUCAUGUUCUUGUGAACAGGAACAAUGUGCUGCAUGAGCCUUCAACUGAGCAGACUCAGUGCAUAUUCUCUUGUUUGCUGUGUGGGCUGAUAUGUCAAUUCUAGGCUACUACACAGUUGUUAAUUAAAUUAUUUUAAGAACCCUACUGUACCCUUUUAAAGAAUCCAAUUCUUCCUAAAGUAACUCUAAGCCUUAUUCCAAUAUAACAAAGUCAACUCUAAAUGUAAUGGAUAAUUUUCUAAUAAAUACUUGCAUUCCAAAAGAAAAAAAA